AUGAAGGCUUCUUCAUUAGCAAUUUGGAGCAUAAAAUGUCCUCGUAAACUACUGCAGGCAGCAACGAUACCUAAUAAGUUGCUUAUGGGUCCUGGCCCAAGUAAUAUGACGUCAGAAAUUAACCAGUCUUUGUCGCAACCUUUGCUUGGUCAUCUACACAGAGAGUUUUUGGAGGUAAUGGAUGAUGUAAAGGAUGGAAUCAAGUAUGCUUUUCAAACUGAAAACCCACUAACGUUUGCUGUAAGCGGAUCAGGGCAUGCUGGAAUGGAAUGUGCACUUUUGAAUCUUUUGGAACCAGGUGAAAAGUUACUUGUGGUUGAGAAUGGUAUUUGGGGAGCGCGUGCUGCAGACCUUGGUAAAAGGCUUAACUUUCAAGUGAAGAAAGUAUCAGUUCCACUUGGUCAGGCAAUCACAUUGGAUGCAUUCGAAAAGGCUGUAGAGGACUAUCAUCCAGAUGUAGUUUUUGUCUGCCAUGGUGAAAGUUCAACUGGUGUUUGUCAGCCACUAGAAGGCCUAGGAAAUAUAUGUCGUCAAAGAAAUUCUUUAUUCUUAGUGGAUACUGUAGCUUCUUUAGGCGCAACGCCAUUUGCUGCUGAUUAUUUUCAAGUUGACUGCGUGUAUUCAGCAUCUCAAAAGGUACUGAACGCUCCACCGGGUCUGGCUCCUAUAUCGUUUAGUCCAAGAGCUCAAUAUCAUCAUACUGGUCUUAUUUCUUUAAACUACUCUUUGAGGACAGCUUUAGCCCAACUUGCAUUGGAAGGUAUCUCCACUAGCGUCGAUAGGCAUUACAAAAACGUGCAUAUCCUUUAUAGUUGUCUGGAACAGCUCGGUUUAGAACUUUAUGUCAAUAGAAAGGAAUGGCGUCUUCCGUGUCUGACGACGGUUACUGUUCCAGAACGUUAUGUAGCUGCAGAUGUUGUUUCCUUUAUGAUGAACAAGGGCAUCGAGAUCGGUGGAGGAUUAGGAGGAACUGCAGGCAAGGUUUGGCGCAUUGGGACAUACGGAAGAAAUUCGAGCGUUGAGUGCAUAGAACGAACUGUUCAUUGCUUGCAAGAAGCUUUAGAAGCUUGUGCUGGAAAUCGCAAGUAG